AUGGUUUCACAUUGUUUUAAUGAAUACAGGCAGCUGGAGACAACUGCCACACCCAAAACUUAUCCAAAAACAUAUCCGACCUCCACGGCAACAACUAGCUUUACUACACCGAGAAAUGAGUCAAAGCCUAACAAUGUUUCCAGCGACUCAUUGGUGUGGCUUGGUGGUAAUGAUCAAUUACAAGAAGGUGAAUGGAUUUGGACAGAUGGUACCAAAGCUAAUCUAACAUCAUUGUGGCAUGAAUACGAACCCAACAACAGUGAGGGAAACGAAGACUGCCUUGAACUUUAUGAACAUGGAAUGUUAAAUGAUGACAAUUGUGCUAAAUCGUUAUCUUUUAUUUGCAUGGAACUUCAUGAGAAAACAGGGAAUCCUGAAAUGUCCCCAUCAACAACUAAGACGCUCCCAUUAACAAUUAACACGUUCCCUUUAACAAAUGCAACGACCACUUUAACAACUGAAACUACCCCAUCAACAACACCAACGACCACUUUAACAACUGAAACUACACCAUCAACAACACCAACGACAGCAGCAAUUGAAGUCAAAAAUAAUAACAACGUGUCAAAAACUGGAAAUGUUUCGAACAACACACAGGAAUUGAAUUCAUCACGACCUACUGUGAUUAAUGCAGAGAACGAGAAUGACAAAUUCAAACAAACACAAAAGGUCGCGUUUACAGUUGGGUUAUCAAAGCCGUUGGAUGUGCUGUUGAAAGAUGUCGUUGUUUAUAAUAAAGUUGUAUCUAAUGUUGGAGACGACUAUAAUAGCAGUACUGGUGUUUUCAGAUGCAACGUGGCAGGGUUAUAUUUCUUCCAAAUCUACGGGGCUGCUAAUAAAGGGAAAGAACUGAGUUUGUCUCUUGUUAAAAACAAAACGAAAGUUGUGUCCUUGUACAGCAACACGAACCAAGAGUUGUCUCUCGCUGCCAACUCCGCGGUGUUGCUGUUGGAGGCUGGUGAUGAGGUCUUUGUUGAAGCUUCCAUCUGUGGUAGUCUGUAUGGAGAGGAGCAUCACGUGAUCAACACUUUCUCUGGUUUCCUGCUGGAUAAACUUGUGUUCGGUCAUUCUGUCCGUGGUCCUCUGAAACAGAUCCAAAAGCGUUGGCAGGAGCCCGAAUCCAUCCAGUGGAGAACUGAUGCUUUUCACGACCGUUUGAAAGCAGUAUGUGAAUUAGCUCAUAAGAACUUAAGAAAUGCCCAAGAGAUAAUGAAAGAACGCUACGACAAGAUCACUCAAAAUCAAACAUUCAAUCCAGGCGAGGAAGUCCUUGUUCUCAUGCCUACCAUUAACAAUGCAUUGUCUCUGAGAUACUAUAAGGUUAUUUUACCAGUACUUACUUCUGAUAUAACAGAUGCUAUAGAAACAUCAAACAGGCCAAUUGAAGCCUACCCCCGCCCUAGAUGGAACUACAAAAAAGCUAAUUGGGAGCUCUUCUCUUCCCUCACAGACUCCUACACAAGACCAAUCAACUGUAAAACCAAACAGGUGAACAAGUCAUACACAGCCUUCUCAAAAGCAGUUCUGUUAGCAGCCAAAAAAUCUAUUCCAAGGGGAGCAAGGAAAAAUUAUAUCCCAAACUGGACUCCAGACCUCCAGAUACUCCAUGACGAGACAAUUGAUGCUAGAAACAUUGUUGAAGAAAAUCCCACAGAAAACCCAGGAACAAAGUCGAUAGCUAUCGCCCAAUAA